AUGGGCUGUGAGCAAGAGAAAGAGAAAUAUGAAUACAGUGGCUGGCCAGGAAAGGACAACCACCAAAAACAACCAUUAAAGAUUUUGGAAUACCUGAACAAAGAUGUCAUUAACGGUAUUAUGGAUAACUUGGCAAAAAAAAAAGAACAGAAACUGAAGGAAGCAGAACAGAAAAAUUAUGAUACCGAAACUGAUGACAAGGCCUGGGUCUUGGUAAACUCUGUGGAAGAGCAUGGGGCAGAUGAAAUGCUUACCCAGUCUUUCCUUACUAUGGACCAAAUGUCCACCAGUGUAGAAGUUCCUCCGGAAAUCAAAGCUGGACCAGCUGAGUCAACAGAACCUACAGAUACCCUCAAGCUUUCUCAUGAAGACUUCCUGAGACCAAGUAAAGAACAGGCUGGAGAGAUCUAUCCCAUAAAGGAGAAAAAGGAUCGCACUCGCCUGGCUCUCAUCAUAUGCAAUACAGAGUUUGACCAUCUUGCGCGGAGGAAUGGGGCUGACCAUGACAUCGUGGGGAUGAAGGGGCUGCUUGAGGGCCUGGGCUACAGUGUGGAAGUAAAAGAGAAACUCACAGCCAGGGAUAUGGAGUCAGUGCUGCGGGAAUUUGCUGCCCGACCAGAGCACAAGACCUCGGACAGCACCUUCGUGGUGCUCAUGUCUCAUGGCAUCCUGGAUGGAAUCUGUGGAACGAGGCACAGUGAGGAAACAUCGGAUGUGCUGCCUUAUGACACCGUCUUCCAGAUAUUCAACAACCGCAACUGCCUCAGUCUAAAGGACAAACCAGUCAUCAUUGUCCAGGCCUGCAGAGGUGGUGAGUUCUUAGACGGAAAAUCCAAAAGUUAUGAAGGAGUUUGCAGAGGACUUUGAUGCCUGGCUAGGGGAAACAAUCUUAA